CUGGUGACGUGGUCACAGGCUGACGUUAGUUGAUUACGGAUGUAGGCGCACGCAGAAAUACCCACGACUUUUCUCCUCCAAAAAAGGCCGUGAAAAACUUAUAAUGGAGCUAUUGGCCCCUAUGCGGCUCUAUACCCUGUCAAAAAGGCACUUUGUCCUAGUGUUUGUAGUGUUUCUACUAUGCUUUGGCCUCACAGUCUUCAUAGGAAUUGCAGGUCCAAAGAUAAUUGAACAACAAGGACAUAGUGGUGAGCAGCUACUAAUGAAGAAUUUCUCAGCAAAGACUGGCCCCUACCGUCUUACAUCUUCUCCUCUCACUACUUACAACCAGCAGUUAUGGCUCAUAUGUUUGAUGCAGGUUGAUCAUAGCACUGUGGUCGACUUUAAGCAGAGUUUUGAGAUCAAUGUGGAGCUCAAAGGAGUAAUGCAGGAUGCCAGUGUUAUGCACAUAAACAAUGUCCACCAGAAAUCUCGAAUGUUGCACUGCAGCACAAUUAAAUGUGAUGAAAUCAUUGUAUUACAUUUGGGCUUCCUGAACUACACACAAUACCAAGUGACAGUUCGUUUCAAAGGCCUUGAAAACAUUACCAAUGACAUUAAGACCAAUUUUGUGUGGAAAAUGUACAACCCUACUUUCUCUCAAGUGGAGAUAUGGUUUCGCUUUGUCUUUGUGGUGAUGACGUUUGUUGUGACAUGCAUGUUUGCUCACUCACUGAGGAAGUUCUCCAUGAGAGAUUGGGGCAUUGAACAAAAAUGGAUGUCGGUCCUACUUCCUCUGCUUUUAUUGUACAAUGAUCCCUUUUUCCCAUUGUCAUUCCUGGUAAAUAGCUGGUUCCCUGGGACGUUGGAUGCAUUUUUUCAGGCACUUUUCCUUUGUGCCCUUUUGUUGUUUUGGCUCUGUGUCUACCAUGGUAUUAGGGUUCAGGGGGAGAGGAAGUGUCUUACAUUUUAUCUUCCAAAGCUAAUAAUUGUUGGGCUGCUGUGGCUCUCAGCAGUCACACUUGGUAUAUGGCAAACGGUAAAUGAACUUCAGGACCCAACCUAUCAGUACAAGGUGGAUAUUGGUAACUUUCAGGGCAUGAAAGUGUUCUUCCUUAUUGUAGUUUCCCUCUACAUCCUCUACCUCAUUUUCUUGAUUGUCAGAGCCUGUUCUGAACUAAAGAAUAUGCCCUAUUCUGAUCUCCGGUUGAAGUUUUUGACAGCGUUGACAUUUGUGGUUCUGAUAAUAAGCAUGGUUAUUCUCUACUUGAGGUUUGGUGCCAAAGCUCUUCAGGACAAUUUUGUAGCUGAACUGUCCACUCAUUAUCAAAACUCAGCUGAAUUUUUAUCUUUCUAUGGUUUACUCAACUUUUACCUGUACACAUUAGCAUUUGUGUAUUCUCCAUCCAAAAAUGCCCUGUAUGACUCCCAGCUAAAGGAUAACCCUGCUUUCUCAAUGCUAAAUGACUCAGAUGAUGAAGUUAUAUAUGGAAGUGACUAUGAAGAUAUGCCUUUACAAAACGGGCGUGCAAUUAAAGCAACCGCUAAAUACCAGGAUGAGACUGACAGCGACUGAGUGCACAACCUCAUUUUCACCUGUUUCCAAUGGAUAUUUUGAAAAGAGCAACUCUAUUAUAUGUACUGUAUAUACUAAGUAUUUGCACCAAUCAUGGAUGUAUUGAAUAUGUACAUAAUUUACUAUUUUUUAGAAAGACACCUUCUGAAUGUACCAUCUUUAUUUCAGUUUGCCUUUGAAUUUCUUUAUUGAGUUAAAAAGAAAACAAGAAGACAGGAGUAUUUUCACUUGGAAUUCUUGAUUUUGUAUAUCGAGCAGUAAAUGUACAUAUUCUUUUCCACUAAAGUUAAAACAAGUUUGGGAUGGGUGGCUAAAAAUCACAGUUUUGAUGCUUAAACUAUUGUGUUUAUGUACAUUGUUUUUCUCAGUAUCAAGAGGCUUGAAGCCAAAGUACUCACUUGCAUGACUUCUAAAUAAUUUUCUUAAAUUACUAGAACUACUGACAUAUUUUAUUUUUGCACCUUAUAAACCUGUGGCCAAGAAUCUGCUUUUUAAGUACUGGUAGUCAUUUAAGUUUUCUUGUCUUUACAGUUAUUUUUUAGAGACUGUAUUAUAUUGAGAAAACCAGCCAAAAUCCCCUCUUUGCCUACAUUGUUAUAUGUAUUCUAAUCAAAAAUUGUGCCUUGUUUUUACAUUACGAGCGACAUUCUUAAUCUCUAAUGGGUAUUUUUUUUUAUUUUAAAUUUAAAACAUUGUGCAACAUUGUGGCUUCAGUUUUACCAGUAAAUGUGACUUGAUGUGAGUUUAUAAGCAUGAUAAGUUGUGCUUCUUCUGUGUAAAUAAAAGUUUUGUAAACAAUUAAUACAAAUAAAUUUUAUUAUACAA